AUGAAUGAAUGCACCCCAUCUAGUUGCUUUCGCCCGCUUCAACUGCUGUACAAGACCGUAUAUUCAUCUAAUUGUGAUAAGAUUGCUUCCAAUCCAACGAUUGCUUGUAUCUGUCGACCGGCAGAACGAUACAAAACAACAAAUAUGUCUUACGGUAAUUUUUAUUAUGAUAAUCAACUCUCCACACAAAAGGAUCGAGUACUUAAUUACGAUCGGGCUAUUUUUGCACGAUGUUAUGAGAAUAAGAAACGAGCAGAACAUCAAUCGAAGAACAAUGACCGCGCAAAAGAAUCUUUUCUCAUGUCGAAUCCGAACGACAUUCAGGAAGCUCAACUAUGGACUCAAACAACGAGUGAUGCAUGUUGCCCAGUGGAUUGCUGCACAAAUAACAGUAAUAACUGUCCAACUAAUCCAACCUACUAUACACCAUGUUCUACAAACACCGUUCCAUUGUGUUCGACCCCAAUGCCAUCAGUACCGAAUCAAACAUUCGAUUCCCCCACUCGUUAUUUUUAA